GGUUAAUUAAGUGAACAGGAUAGGGUUGCAUGUAUAUUUUUUGUUUAUGAAAAUGACUAAAAAUUGUAUAUAUAUAUAAAUUUAAAAGCCGGUCUUACGAAGCGAUGUUGACAGGCAUUUCUACGCAUGCGCUGUUUCACAGUGGGGUUGGGGUGGAAACGGAAAUAAAGAGGAUAGUAAAUAAGAGGCAAAACUGGAAUGAGCCACAACAAAACGAUUUUAAAGGUGGAACUAGCGCAACCAGUUUGCCGAAUCCAGUUUAUCAUCUAAUGUCUGGUAGACGUUAUUAUCUCGGAGCAGAGCAACGUGCACAAUUAAAUACCUCCGGCGACGACGAUAAGAGCUGUCAUGAUGAUGAGCCCUUAUAUUCUUACGACGGCAACAACAACAACAGCAACAACACAGUGAGCAAUGUGAAUGACCCGGAACCGGACGCUGACAAGGACGACGACUCGGAGUUGCAAGACGUACCAUACUCGUCCAGCAGCAUUGAUCGCAGUUCAAUCGGCUCCAUUCCCUGGGCAGAUGAUGCCAUCAAGAAGAAUAAACUCGAUUGGGAGCGGGUCGACCGAAUGCUUAGUGGGGAGGAGAUUCUUCCGGAACAGCAGGAGGUUGAAUUGCGUCAUGAGAUUGCCGAUUGGCAAAGAAAAUUCCCAAGCUUACUGGCACGCAAAGCGAAGCCUUUGAAGCAACAUAGUUUCGACAAUUGCCGUCAUAAUACCGCAUUGCUGCCAGAUGAUGCCGGCGAUAUAGAUUCCAUAUCAGAUCUUAGCCUAAGCUCGCUUGAUGAGUUCGAUGAGAAAAAUGGGCAUGGGGUUGUGGAUGAGGAUGGCGAUGACGAUGAUGAUGAUGAUGGAUUGCUGACACCAACCGUCGAACGGCAGCAGGCAUCAUCUUCAACUACUCGAAAUCGGACCUAUGUACGACCUGAUCAGCAGAAUCUUGUAUCGAUGCUCGACAGGGAUUUGCGGAUCACAUCUGUGGCCCUCAAUUUGCGAAAGCGUCACGAACACUUUGAACACCAGCAGCCUGCAACGCAGGCUUCCACAAUGCCUCAAUCAGCAACAGUGUCUCGCUUCCGAUCUCGCAUUCGAAUGCCCCCCAUUCUUAAUGUUUUGGAUUCGAAUCGGCGCUUUCGCGGUCUUUUGAAAAACCAGAGCUUUGUGCAAUUGACGCAGGUGCAGGUACAAAAACAGUUGCAGCCAAAAUCGGCGGCUUGGACGUAUGCGAGCAACGCUGGGCGACGGCAACAAGCUGGCGUUCGAUCGGCUUGGAAUAUGCCUAUGGCAGCUAGCCGAUUCCUAAAUAAUAAGCAUAGCAUUGUGCUCCCAUCGCUAAACCGUCAAAAGGAUUUUACUCCAACAGCAACAACAUCUAGUCAAAGCAUUGCUAGCAGCAACAACAGUUCUUUGUUGGGCUCAUCACUCUACGCCACAGAGCACAAUAUCCAGCAUCCGCAUUUGCAUCAUCUUGGAAAGACCUUGGUCACGACCAGUGCAAAUACUCCUUCAACAGGUCGCUCCAUAUCCGCGGCAAUUCAUCAUCCGCGCUCGGAGUUUUCUACCAGUAGUGCCUUUUAUAUACCGUAUAGUGCCUCAAAAUUCAAAGCCUUUAAGUAGCCAAAACUCAACUUGUAUACAAAAAAAAAAAAAAAACAGCAAUAAAGUUUAACCUAAA